UGUGUGUGUGAUUUGCUUUUUAGCUCCAAAUGCAGCUCUUAGUUAACUUGUUUGCUUUACUUUUCUGUCUUGGACUUGUUCUGAUUGGAUAUCAAAGUAGACCUGUAUAUGUUGGGAGUAGUGAGAUUUUAGGAAGAAUUUUGGGUUCAGGAUAAACCUUCGAAUUGAGCUUUCUCAACACUAUAUAGAUUAUCAAUGCUGCUACACCAAGUGAGUUUGUCUUCGAGAUGCAAAUCUAACCGCCGUUAGAAAGAGUCGGUUUGUUGGCUUCGAGAAAUGGAAGCUGUAAGCUUCUGGUGCUUUUCUUGCAAGUCCUUUCACAAAUUUCUGAUUGAUGAUAGACUGGAACUCAAAUUUUCUCCGGCAAGUCUUACCUGGAAACAUAAAGUUCCGGCCAAGGUCAAGGUUUCACGCUGGUGGGUACACUCAUGGGAGGAUGAAUAUUUGCGAUAUUUUUCAAUCUAGGUGGGUCCUGAAGGUGUGCUGUACACUCAUGUUUUUGUGCAUUGUAAAGUUGCUUCUAUUUUUUGGCAGAAAUAGUUUAGGGAGGCUGGAAUGUAUCGGGAGACCACACUCCCUGCUCUUUUUGCCUAACCUUUUUGCAUUUGGUAAGAAGGGAAGAAGGCGAAAGUUAUUUGGUGUAGCAGUGUGUUGGUUGUAAUUUGUGUGCUCUGGAUGGAAAGAAAUAGAAGAUUACACUGGUGCAAUGGUCGAGGAACUUUAGGGGAAGCAAACUGCAUAUUGUGUGCAUUAGCGCAGUUGAAGAAUUAUAAUCAUAAGCAUGGAGUCUGAGAUGACAGUACAUGAUGGUGGGUGCCACUGCAAGAAUGUAAGAUGGCGAGUGCAAGCACCUACUAAUGUUGUGGCAUGGAGUUGCAACUGUUCAAAUUGCUCUAUGAGGGGUAACACGCAUUUCAUUGUCCCUUAUGAAAGAUUUGAACUCUUGGGUAAUUCUGAACAGUUUCUCACAACUUAUAGCUUUGGUACUCACACGGCAAAGCAUACUUUCUGUAAGGUCUGUGGGAUAACUUCGUUUUAUUAUCCACGCUCAAACCCGGAUGGGGUUGCCAUCACAUAUAGGUGUGUUGAUCCUGGAACUCUAACCCAUGUUGAGGUCAAGUAUAUUGAUGGCCAAAAUUGGGAAAAAUCCUGCAACCAGUUUAACAUUGCUUCGCUGUCAAAGGUAGACUCUGGAAACUAAAGGGCUGAAGAAUGAAAUAUGUUGAAAUCUUUUCAUUUCAACAAAUAAUAUUGUCAGCAAAUAGGCAUAAAACUUGUCUUGGCUUUUGAGAAAUUAAUAAUCUUUUCAUUUCAACAAAUAAUAUUGUCAGCAAAUAGGCAUAAAACUUGUCUUGGCUUUUGAGAAAUUAAUAAUCUUUUCAUUUCAACAAAUAAUAUUGUCAGCAAAUAGUGCUUUUCCUCUUGUUUCGUUUUGUUCUAUUUGUUUUUGUUACUUUGCCUUUGGCCUGACAGCGGUGACAAUGCAGAAGCUUUGGAUACUGGAUACUGUUAAUCUGUAUUUUUCUUUGGUAAUUAGUGGUCAAAUGCUCUCAAUCACUAGAGUUGGUUCUUUUCAAAAUUACUGUUUCCCAGAUCAUUGACUCAGCUCACGGUUUUCGAAGCAAAUUGUAAUCCUCUGCACUGAAAUUUAUAAAAAAAAAAAAAAAAAUUGAUGAGGUAUGGGGUGAGCAAAAUUGGCAUUUUCAUCAAUUUGGUCAAUGGUUUUCCACGUGUGCAAAUGAAAUUCAAAUGAAAUUGCAUAAAUUUUCAUUUGUCCCAACUCUGAAGGUUCUGGAAUACUUGGAGAGCCGGUAACAUUAAAAACAAGAAGAAAAAUGGAAGCCUAUAGAUUUAGAAAUUAGAAUGAAACACCAACUCGCACAUCCUUAUUAUUAAUCCAUUGAAAAUGUACAAAACUGCCUUGUAGAAAAAGUCGGAAACUUAGUAUAAAGACCAGAACCACGUGAAGAGGUCCAUCCAUAUCUUCACUCACCUGUUCAACUCUCAUCUCAAUUCAUAAGCUUUUACAGAGA